AUGCUCUCAAUCGCGGUCAUAACAGGCGGAGCGGGCGAUAUCGGCCGGGCCAUUGCCGCUAAGCUUGCGGAAUCACACGAUCGCGUGGUUCUGGUAGAUAUAAACGAAGCAAAAGCAAACAAAGUCACCACCAUGCUAAAUAGAAGCGUCGAAACACAGGGUGAACAAGCCGAGGGGAGUGAGCGGUUCACCUCUAUAAUCUGUGAUAUCACGGAGCCUACCCAGGUGACCGAGCUAGCCCGCAAAGUCCUCAGUAUGGAUGGCGAAGUACACACUAUCGUCAACAACGCCGGCGCGACCUUUUCCGCCUCGCUGCAACAAACAACCCCGGAGAUAUGGAAGCGAGAAACAGCCCUAAACAUCGAUGCCUCAUUCCUCAUCUUUCACGCGUUCGCUGGCUCACUCAAACGCACUGGUGGCAGUGUCGUCAACAUAGCCUCCGUCAACGGCCUUGGGGUCUUUGGGAACCCCGGGUACAGCGCUGCCAAGGCGGGGCUUAUUCAUCUCACCCGUUCAAUUGCCGUUGAGUAUGCGAAGUUUGGUAUCAGGGCGAAUGCCGUCGCGCCGGGAACUGUGAGGACGAGCGUUUGGGAGGAUCGCGUGGAAGCUAACCCGAACGUUUUCGAGGAGGCUAUGCAAUGGUAUCCGUUAAAGAGAACAGUUGAACCUGUAGAUGUUGCCAAUGCAGUUGCGUUUCUUAGUAACAAGGAACUGGCGUCUGCGAUUACGGGGGUAUGUCUCCCUGUUGAUUGUGGGUUAAUGGCUGGACCAACGGCGCCUGCGCGGUCUUUUGCACAGUGUGAUGAUUUCUGA